CUAACGGCCGGGGCUUUUAUUGUGAAGUGCUGGCCGGAAGCGGAGGUCUGCUGGGUGUGAGCCGCAUCGAUCCCUAUGGUGCGCCGCAUAGAUAUCUAUGGUGAGCCGGGGCCGGGCUGGAUCAGUGAGCUACCGGGAGGACCGACCUGUAUGUCUCCGUGCCGUCGUGCUGUGUGACUCUCUGGCCGUUAACGGAGCUCCGCGAGCCGGCGCCGGUGUGAUGGAGCUGGACAAGAUGGAGGAGAAGGACUGGAAGUACCACGGGGAGGGCAACAAGAGCCUGGUGGUCUCACACGUCCAGCUUUCUAGAGUUCUGCGUCUGCUCAAGUAUCCGGCUGAGGACUCUGAGAACCCUCCACAGACGGUGGAGCAGGCCUUCAGGCAGAUCCAGAACAUUGUUGACUUCAGCUCCAACGUGAUGAGCAGCCUGCUGGGGGACAAGUUCAUCCACAGCGGGGAAGUGGUCAAACUGCCGCUGGAGUUUGUGAGACAGCUGUCAAUCAAAGUUCAACAUCAACGACCAGCGUGGCGCUGUGAUAAGGUGAUGGACAUCUACAGCGGCUGUGCUCUCUGUCUGCCCAACCUGACGUCUCCAGCUCUCCACCAGACAACACACACUCCUCCACUCUGCAUCGAGAUCAAGCCCAAGUGUGGCUUCCUGCCGUCCUCCAAACACGUCAGCAAAGACAUCAAGACCAAAGUAUGUCGCUUCUGCAUGCACCAACACUACAAGGUGGCCAAUGGGAAGUGGAAGAGACGCAGCCUGUACUGUCCUCUGGACCUGUUCUCAGGGAACAGACAGAGAAUGCACUUUGCCAUCAGACACCUGAUAGAAGAACCUCAGAACAACUUAAAGAUCUUCAAGGGCGGUCAGUGUGUCUACAGCAGUAAAGAGGGCAGUGAUGAGUCGACAGACCUCAACUCUCUGCUGCAUCAUCUCAGACCUUACUUCCUGUACGGAAACAACCGCAUCAACAGUCACAUGACCUGCAAAGCUGUCCUCAACGACUUCAUCCAGGUGCUGGUGAACGCCCUGCUGAGUGCUGGAGGAGGAGGUGGAGGCGUGGUGACAGACAGACGAGGAGAAGGACGGAGCUUCUGUGAAGCCAGUCUGUUCAACAAGGAGAGGAUUCGCCAUGGCUCUCAGGGUUUACCCAGCGACAGCGUCUUGUUCAGGAUCCUUCAGACUCAGAUGUUGGACACGCUGGACAUCGAAGGACUCUUCCCUUUGUACCGCCGGGUGGAGCAACACCUGCAGGACUUCCCCAAGGAGAGGACUCGUCUCCAGAUGGACGGACCGUACAACGAGGCGUUCCUGGAGAAGCUGCAGAAGUGUCCAGCUGAGGACGACGGAUCAGUGGAGUACGCUGCCGCCAAGGUCCAUCAGUACCGCGUCUCCAUGACGACCAAGGACUGCUCCAUCAUGGUGGCCCUGGUGCCCAGCAGUGAGGAAGAGGAGGAUGAUGAAGGUCUGUCCAGUCCGAGGCGUCUCAGGGACUUCCUGUCCUCCUCCAGACCUCCGGCCUUCUCCUACUGCGUGUCCAUCUUGGAUCUGGACCCCAAGCCGUUGGACAGCAUCCCCCGCCAGCUGCGCCUGGACCAGAAGAUCGUGUCCUGCUACCUGAGGACGGGAGGAGCUCUGCCCAGGGUGUCUCUGCUGCAGCCGCACGCCGCCAUCUUCUGCUCUUCUUCUGCAGAGAGAGAGUCCGACUGCACGCUGCACUUCAAACCUUUGUGAGCCCGACGAGAGCCGGACCACCACCACCACCACCACCACCACCACCACGCUGGAGACCCAAACAGGGACGUCCAGAACCACGUCAGCUGCAGCACUUUGUCUCCAUUCAGCAAAACUAAAACUCUCCAGGAAGUCUCCAGUAAAAUCAUCAGACAUGAAGCGACUUCCACCUUUUUCUGUUACUGAUUCUUGUUGUUUUUCUUCUUCUUCUUCACCUGUCAGGAGGUUUAAUCCAACAUGAUACAUAUUUAUUAGAAAACUCGCUCACAGGGAGCUUUGUUUUUGUUUGUUUUUUCCUCUCCGAGAUAAAAAAAAACCUCCUGACGGGACGUUUACUGUCGUCAUGGCGACCAUCUCAGCGGAGAGAAAGAAAGGAAGGAAGGAAGGAAGGAAGGAAAGUGGAAGCAGGUUUUUUUGGGGCGCUGUCGUACGUAUGAUGUCAUAUCCUGAAUGUAGGCGGGGCCUCUGGUGGCAGAGAGGCGGAGCCAAUAUGUAUGUCCAGGUUGAACUGUGUCGUUGUCAUGGUAACGGGAGCACUAGUUACCAGCUGCAGACACAGAGGAGAAGUAAUCUGAUUACACAACGGGCUGUUUCAGUCCUCUGGAGGUUUACCAGUCUGACGAGGAGAAACCUUCCUCCAGCAGAUUGUGAUUUAUGACGUUUGACUUUGUGUUUUAUAAUCCUGGUGAGUCCUUAGCGGCGUGCUAACUCGUUAGCGGCGUGCUAACUCGUUCUCUCGUCAGGUGUUUCUACCUGACGUGUCGAAGGUCAAAAUGUUUGUGGCUUUAGUUUUUUUCUUUAUCAGGGCAGAAAGUUUAGUGGCGUUAAAGGAAACGUUCAGAGUUCUUUGAAGUGGGACGAAAUCAGAAGCGUUUUCAAAUAUUUAUGAUUAUUUCUAGUGCUUUACCUCGCUGUUAGACUGUAGCCCUGUUCACACUCUAAAGGAGGAUUUUAACUAGAGCUGCAACAAUUAUUCAUUUAAUGGAUUAUUUAAUUAAUCGUCAACUAUUCUGAUAAUCCAAUAAUUAGUUUGAGCAGUUUUUUAAAGGCAAUAAGUCCAAAUCUCUGAUUUCAGCUUCUUCAAUGUGAAUAUUUCUGGUUUCUUUGUUCCUUUAUGACAAUAAACUGAAUAUCUCUUUGGUUUGUGGACAAAACAAGAGAUUGAUAUUUUUCAACAUUUUAUUAACUAAACAACUAAUCAACUAAUUGUUUAAAUCAUCGAUUAAUUGUUUAAAUAUUUAACAGAUUAAUCCAUAAUGGAAAUAAUCGUUAGUUGCAGCUCUAGUUUUAACCUUUUAAAACCGUUUAUUGGUAUUAUUGUGACUUUUGAUGAGUCUGAAGCCUUCAAACCCAGUUCUCCACCUGACCGCUGGGUAAAGCAGUGUAAAUAUUAUAAAUAUAGCAUAAACUUGACCUGAUUUCUUAUCAGAUUAGGAGCCGAGAUUCCAGAUUAUUAAUCUCAAAGUGUCCCACUUCAACAGGAUCCAGACUUUCCUCCUGUCGACGUUUGUGUCCAGCUGCCUUUUUCUGUUCCAACCUAAAACCUCCUUUUGUGUUGUAGAAAAAAGCACAUUAUUAUUGUUAUUAUUAUUAUUAUUUAGCUUUUCUUCUUGUUAUCACAUUUGUUGUCUAACACUCCUGUGUUAACCUGGUGAUGCGUAGCUUUGUAACAGUGCGGUUACAGUAACACUUCAGUCUGGUGUUUCCGUGUGACAUCACAGGUCAGAGUUGACCUUUGACCUGUGAUGUCACACUGCUGCAGCGUGACAUCAUGAGCAGAAGACUGAUGUACCGUACGCUGGCGGAGCAGGAAGCAGAGCCACAGCAGAGCAGAUCUCUGUCCAUAGAUAGAUAGAAUUAUAUUAUAUAGAUAUAUACAAUUAUAUUAUAUAUAAAUAUAUAACUCUAGAUGGCUGUUAGCCAACGGAGACGACUCAUAACAUCAGUCUAAAGCUGCACGUAGCAUUAAAAUAACCAGAUUGAUUCAUUUUAAACCCAUUUUCUAACGGUUUGGUUUGUUCUAAACCUCAGAGUUGUAGUUCUGUUCCUGCGUACUCGAGAAUAAUAAAAACUGCCUGUAAACCUCUGAUUGGUGAUUUUAAAAUCAGCCCCUAAAACCUGAAGUUUCUCUCUAAAUCCAACAGAAGUGUCAACUCUUCUACUAAAUAAUAGAUUUUUCAGCCUCUGUAGCAGAUAGAAAUCAUGGUGAAGACGACUAUAGCGGAGGGAGCUCAGAUAUAACAGCUAUAAGCUCUGAUACUUUAUGAAUUUCAUUUCUAAGUUCUGGAAAAGUCCCAUGAUGCAUUGGGACACUCCCACAUGGAUUCUCAUUUUGUGUCUUUUUUUUAGUCACUUUGUGUCUUUUUGGUCAUUUUAUGUCUUUUUUUUUAGUCAUAUUGUGUCUUUUUUGGUCAUGUUGUGUCUUUUUUAGUCAUUUUGUGUCUUUUUUUGGUCAUUUUGUGUCUUUUUAGUCAUUUUGUGUCUUUUUUGGUGAUGAUUUCAAAGUUCUGGAAAAGUCCCAUGAUGCAUUGCGACACUCCCACAUGUAUUCUGAUGCAUUUCAUUGGCCAAGAGACCGAAAAUAGGCGGAAAAAACUACAAAUACUACAAAACCACAUAUCCUCUUUCUGCUUUAAUGGUAGAAUAACACAACAGGUUUUAAUGGUAGAGAUGAGGUGAUGCUUUAACACCUUAAAUGGGUUAAAAUGAAUCAAUCUCUGGUUAUUUAAAUGCUACAUGCACCGUAGACUAACCUAGCCAUCUAGCCUUUCUUAUAUAUAUCUAUAUAUAUAUCUAUCUAUGUGUCUGUUACCCAGCAGAGCAAAGGAUUCUGGGUAACGGAGCGCUCCUCUGCUGGCGGGCCGAGCUUCAUGCUGCUGCUCUGCUGGUUUUUGUGCCAUAAGUGGCUUGUUGUGUGUUUGUCCAUGUGCCUAAAUGUUCUGGUGGGACUGGAGGGUGGAGGGAGGUGUGUGUGUGUGGUUAGUGUGUGUGUGUGGUUAGUGUGUGUGUGUGUGUGUGUGUGUGUGUGUGUGUGUGUGUGUGUGUGUUGAUAACCCUUGUUACAGGCUGCGUUCAGGCUCAGAGCAGCUGUUGGUUCUUCAGACUGACUGUAGAUCAGUUUGGACGCAGCCGUGACCUCUCAGUACCUCCAACAUCCUGAAGCUCAGCAGGUCGUCAGACGAUGCGUUCAGGGGCGCUGGGAGCUUUGAGGACGGGACGGUGACGUCACCAGGAGCUCAGAGCACAGACCGCUCUGUUACUGUGGAGGAUUUAACCCUCUGGGCACCUUCAUCCCACUGUCAUCUACUCCACUGUAGACCCUCUGGGCUGAAAAUGUCCACUUAAAAAAAAAAACACUGUAAAAACUUUACAGAUUUACAGACUCCUAAAGACGUCACGGUGCAGAAAAGACCCUCUAAUAUCUCCUCAAGAUAAAGUUCAGGACCUGAGACCUUUAAGGUGGAGCACUGGAGCAGAUUUCUGGGUCUCAGGCAGAAGAACAGAGGAGGAGACACAGAAAAAGAAAAGAGAAAUGUUUUUAUUCAGAUUCUCUGGUGGUCUUCAUCAGGUACAAACCUGUGAUGUCAUCUCCUCCUGGUGAUGUCAUCGUCCUCUCCAACUAUCAGCUCUCAGACGCUUCAGAUAAACUGGUAACACUUGACUUCACUUCCUGUUUACAGCGUCCACUCUCCAACCUCCAGCAACAACCAAACGUCUCAAAACAAACCACAAAAAUCACAAAAAUCACACUACAAGACUGAAACCAUCCUGAUAACUGCUGCAGAGUCUGUAGGGCUGAUACAGAUAUAUUUAGGAUGAAUAUUGAUAUAUAUCCUGAUAUUUUUAUCACAAAAUGAGAGCAAAUGUUGAAGAAAGUCAAAUAUGACAUGUCACAAGUAGUUUUGUUGAAACUGUUUAUUAAAGUGAACAUAAAUACUGUAGAACAACAGGAGAACCUUUUUGUUUAUGAAAUAAAAUAGACCAAUGGUGGUAUAGUUUGUCCCAAAGUAGCUGAAAAACACUAUUAUAUAUGUGUGGUCUGUGGCCAUCGGUUCGAAUCCCAGGACUCACGGGUCAGGAACUAUUUGUCAAAAAAUAGAAACAAAUUACCACAUUAUGGGAAGUCCAAAAAUGACUCCACGUCGAUUUUUGUCAAAAAUUGUCAAAUUUUAAAAUGCCUAAAAAUGCUUAAAAUUGGUCAAUUAUGUAUAGUUGAUACAUAUUAAAGCAUAAUAUGGCCAGAAAUGACAGAAAAACACCAUAUUAUGGGAUGUCCAAAAAUGACCCUUUCAAAAUAAAAGUCAUACUAUAGCAUGUCGAUUUUGGUCAAAAAUUGUCAAAUUUUAAAAUGUCUAAAAAUGCUUAAAAUUGGUCAAUUAUAGUCUGUUGAUACAUAUUAAAGCGUAAUAUGGUCAGAAAUGACAGAAAAACACCAUUUUAUGGGAUGUGCAAAAAUUACCCUUUCAAAAUAAAAGUCAUUCAAAUUUUAAAAUGCCUAAAAAUGAUCAAAAUACACUCCGUUACAUAUUAAAGCAUCAUAUGGCCAGAAAUAAAUUUAUUUAUAUAAGAAAAGAACAAUGAACAUUACAAAACAACUAAAUAUGACAAACCCUAGCAAGGGCAGCAUUUAUAUAGAAAGAAAGGAAACAAUUUGAACUAUAUGGAUAUAUCUGAUUUCGUCUAAUUCCAUAUCCCAUUUAAAAAUAUAUCGAUAUAUAUCUUUUAUAUCUUAUAUAUGGCCCAGCCCUACUGCUACAACAGUAGUUCUGUAAAAUCCAAACACUAAAAAGGUUUAAAACAGAUUCCAGUUUGUCGUUCAGAACUCCUUCACCACUUGUUGCUCUGCAGUUUUCUGACCUUUAACCAAUCAGAUGUCCCCGUUGUGAGUCCCGGCUGGAGAGUGGAGAGCAGAGAAGUGAACCAACCACUGAUCGUUCUAACUGUUGAACUGAAGACGCAGCAGGCAGCUGACAGGAAGCAAAGGCUCAUGGGAGUUGGAGUCAGAAGGGACGUCUGUGUUGUCUCAGAUAUGAGACGCCAGAUAUUUGAUUUUACUUUGAUUUGAAAUGUUUCAAAUUCUUCUUAACGAGCCUCCGGACCCUCGUUCUUACUCUUCUUAACCCUUUAUCAGGCAAAGAACUUUAUUUGGUAACUUCAGGUAAUAUUUCGGGAAAAAAAGUUGCAAAUUUACUAGAUUAAAGUGAUAAAAAUCUAUAAGAAAAAAAGUCGCAGAUUUAAGAGAUUUAAAGUGGCAAAUCUGCGCGAAAAAAGUCGCAGAUUUACGAGAAAAAAGUGGGAAAACAACUUUUUCCUCCCAGAUUCACCACUUUAAAUCUCAUAAAUCUGAGCAUUUUUUUCUCAUAGAUUUGUCACUUUAAUCUUGUAAAUUUUUUCUCAAAAUAUUAUUUUCAUGUUUUUUUUUUUUUACACAUUCUGUCUGUAAUAUCCUCCAAUAUUCUCUAGGGUUGACAUUUGGAAUUUGCAAGUAUUUCAAUGAGUGUCCUAUUAUAGAAGAGUAAGAACGAGUCUCAAAAAGUCUCCAAUAACAACAGGAAAAAGUCGCUGUAUUUGUCUCCAGUAGCUUUUUUUAAAAUGUCGAAACAAAAAUAGAAACCAAAGCAUCCGAUCUGAAACGUUUCAGCGAUGUCUGGAAUUAAUAUUUUUAUGAUCUCGUCAGAGAAAAAGAAACCGGAGCUGUUUGUGUCCCGUCACGUUAUCAGACGGCUCGAGAUGAAAAUAACUGCAGCAUUAAAAAAUUGCUUUAAAAACAAGGUGCAGAAACACUAGAUCCAUAAAAUGAGCAUAAUAAAACUUUGGCUGAUGUGAAAAUGUAAAAGGUGCUAAGAAUAAAGGAAAGUUUAAACAUUUACACAAUAACAGAGUCGAAUCUAGAGCUGCAACAAUUCUAUUAAUCGAACAAUAAUCAAUUAUUAAAUUAAUCGUCAACUAUUUUGAUAAUCCAAUAAUUGGUUUGAGCAGUUUUUUAAAGACUGAAGUAGCUGAAAUCAGAGAAUUUGGACUUUUAUUUCCUUUCUAUUUAAUGUGAAUAUUUCACAUUGAGGACGUCAUCUUGUGGUUUGGGAAAACAGAUAUUUUAAUGACCAAACAACUAAUCGAUUAAUCGAUAAUGAGAAUAAUGGUUAGUUGCAGCUCUAGUCGACUCAGUCAAAAGCUUCAGAAUAAGAGUCGGUGGUCCCUGAAUUGAGAUUUUCCAGUUUCUAAAUUUGCUUCUCGUCUAUAAAUAACGGAAAUAAAAUUGGAAAAAAACUUUUUUUCUUCUUUUUCCAGUUUUAUUUAGGUGUUAAACGACCUCGAGGGUUCAGAUUGUCAGAGAUUUAAUUCUAAUUAAAACAUAAUACUAAUAAAGACCAGACGGACACAAACAGCAGCUCCAAAAACCUCCCAUAAAGCUGAUAAAGUGCAGAAUGUGAUUCUAUGCAGAUGAUGUUAACCUGUCGGUUGGAGCGUCUUCCUGCCUGUCUGCUGCCUGAACAUCACAGCACUGUGAUCUACAGACUUUAAUGACUGCGUGUGUGUAAAUAAUAUCUGAGAGAAAAAGACAGAAAACUAUUUGAGAAUACAAAG